GUUGAUCAAAAUGUUACGCGACACUUAGAACAUCUGAAAGAGCGCGCUGGUGAAUGGAGCGGCCUGAUUCUUCAUUAUCUCGGAUUAGACCAUAUUGGCCAUGUUGAGGGGCCACACGGUCGCAGUGUACGGGCCAAGCUACUUGAAAUGGACAGAGUUGCUGGACGAAUCAUCGAUCUUCUUUUUAAAUUGGGAUCUGAAACUGGUGAGCAUUGGUUGUUCGUCUUGACUGGCGACCACGGUGUGAACGACCGGGGUGGACAUGGCGGCUCCAGCCAUGAGGAAAUCAACACUGGCCUGCUUCUCCUCAGUUCGGUUACGAAGCGAAUGACCAACAUCACAAGGGUAGGUGAGAGCCUUUUUAUCUUAUUGGAUAUCCGCUGUUCCUAA